GCCCGCAGCUGAGCUGCCAAGCACUUUCGGCACGGUCGACUCGUCGCGUCGCGCCUAGAUUGACGCAACGAUCUGACCUGCCUCUCGACUUGCUGCCACAAUGGCAGACUCGAUUCCGACUGCCGAUGAAGUAUCGUCCUUUCGCACAGUCGAAGAAGCACCAGAAGCCGUUUUACCAGAAGAAAAGCCCUCAGUGACGGCCGAGACGGCUUCAGAGGCACCCGUGAAUAUUGAAGCACUCAUUCAGCUGGGCGACAAGCAAUCUGCCUUGACCAAGUACAGAGAUGCAGCCGAGACCUACUCUACAGCAGCAGAAGCAUUACGAGAAAAGCAUGGAGACUUGCAUAUGGCUUCUGUGCCUGUACUCAUUCGCUACGGUCGCGCCCUACUCAGAGGAGCAAUACAAGCUUCUGGCGUACUGGGCUCUUCUGCUCCUGCUACUGCUCCCGCCGAACCUGCUCAGGCGAAACAGGCCAAGCCUGUUGGCAAAUUGAUCGAAUUGUCGGAUGAUGAAGAUGACGAGCCGGAAGAGGAAGCGCAAGAAGAAGCAGCGCCUGCCAACGGCGAAGACGAAGAUGAUCUCUCCAUGGCAUGGAAUGUACUCGACACAGUCAGAGUCACGCUACUACGCGCUAUUGACGCCUCGAGUUCAGCAGACGAAAAGCGACUGCAUCAGCAUACCCUCGUGCGCGUUCACGAACUGCUAGCGGAAGUAGCGACAGAGGAAGAACGGUUCGAAGAGGCGGCGCAGGAAUAUGUUGCCGCUACUGAGAUCCAAACGAUUAUUCUACCUGAUCACUCUAGGAACAUGGCAAGUACGCACUACCUUGCUGCGCUCACCUUCGAGCAAGUCAUCUCAAACCCUGCACAAGCGAGAGAUGCCGCUGUGAAGCAUGCUGCAAUGGCAAAGACGAUCCUCGAGAAGAGGCUGGCUUUGUUAGACGGUCGUGCAGCAACAGCAGCCGAAAGAGAGAAAGCGGAAGAUGAAGCGGAAUCCGAUGACAUUCGACCUUUGCUGUCCGAGAUUGACGAAAAGAUCAACGAUCUGAAGACAAUGGAAAUAGGCGCAGGGACAGCAGCAGAUGCAAUCUUGCGCGAUGCUCUCGCUGUCACAGGUCAAGCUGAUCUCUCAAAAGCUACUCAGCCCACCGGCCCUGUGAACAGCCUUCAAGUAAAGAAGAAGCCAAAAGCAGCACAAGCGACGACGGCCAAGCGGAAAGCUUCUCCUGCUCUCGAAGAAGACAGCAAGAAGCAAAAGACCGGCGUGGAGGAUAAGCAGGCCAAGGUGGAAGAUGCUCGCGACGACGAAGCGUGAUGUGCUGAUUGUUGUACAAUCCCAUCUUUCGACAACAUUUUGAUUCAGUAGGGUCUAUGUUGAGACAGAGGCGUA